AUGGUUGCUGCAAAGAAAACUAAGAAGACUCAUGAAAGCAUCAAUAACAGGCUCGCUCUUGUUAUGAAGAGCGGAAAAUACACCCUUGGUUACAAGACCGUACUCAAAACUCUCCGUAACUCCAAAGGUAAACUGAUACUGAUAUCGAACAAUUGUCCACCACUAAGGAAAUCUGAGAUCGAGUACUAUGCCAUGCUUUCUAAAGUUGGAGUACACCACUAUAAUGGAAAUAAUGUUGACUUGGGAACUGCUUGUGGCAAAUACUUCCGUGUUUCAUGCCUAAGCAUUGUCGAUCCAGGUGACUCGGACAUCAUUAAAUCACUGCCUGGUGAACACUGA